GUUACGACCGAGUUCUCCAAAAUUCGAACCAUUUUCUUUCACCAAGUGGGUACUCUCUUUUCGCGCUUAAACUAACCAUCGCCGGAGGAAUUUCGGCGAUUUCUUCUUCCGAGACUACUGAUCCUCGUACGGCAAUGGCGUCGACUUCUGAUACCCGUUCAAGUGCCGUUUCGGGCAGAAUCAAAUCCGCUGCCACUAUGAUGCACUCCGAGAAUCAGUCCCUGCUUGCUGAAAUACGCAAGUUGUUGAUUAUGAUGAAGGAAAUUGGGAUGGAUUUGGAGAGGGACAAUCAGUCGACGAUGGUCAAGAAGCUUGAAAAUGCUGUUGUUGAGCUGUUGAGUACUUACGAAAACUGUGACAACUUUUCAUCUGCGAUUCAGUCGGUUGGAAAUAUAUAUGAACCAAGAGAAGAGUUAACAGAUUUUGAGAAACUACUUGACGAUGAAGUUGCAAAAGUCAGUGAAAAUUCAUCUUCAAAUUUGCAGAACCAUUCAAUAAUUCGGAAGUUUAGAGAAGCUAUUUGGAAUGUACAUCAUGCAGGGCAACCAAUGCCAGGUGAAGAGCAGGAGGACAUUGUGAUGACCAGUACUCAGUGUAAUUUAUUGAAUGUCACUUGCCCAUUAAGUGGAAAGCCUGUCACUGAAUUGGCACAACCUGUUCGCAGUAUGGAAUGCAAGCAUGUGUAUGAAAAGGAGGCUGUGAUGCAGUACCUAAGAUCUAAGAAUUCUCGAGCUCAAUGCCCUGUAGCAGCCUGUCCUAAGAUGUUGCAGCCAGAAAAGGUCACGCCUGAUCCGUUCUUACUGAUUGAAAUUGAUGAACUGAGAAAAACGUCUAGGCACUCUGUGAGAAUACAAGAUUUUACAGAGCUUGAUGCAGAAUAGCAACUCUGAAGUAGUUUCUUUGCCUUUUUCUCUUGAAGUCAUCGUCGUAGUCGUCGUUACCGUAGUCGUUAAAUUGUCAUCAUUUCAUCAAAUGCUUUGUUUCGUAAGUUGAGCUGGUUGGAUUUAAAUGGUAUCUUUUUGUCCAUGUUAUUGUGAACAUCGUGUUGAAUGGAGAAGUAGGACCUCAGCUACAAACUGUAAUUGCCCUUUGUAUUGGAGCUGUUCUUUUUCU